CGGCCAUUCAAAUAACUAGUGCCCACUGCUUUAUCGCUCGUGUUGUAGACUUGUUCUUUGUAGUUAAGACCACGCAGGACCAUGGCAGACACUAAAGCACGAGGCCCACAGAAAGAUCCGACCAACUUUGUUCACCAGAAUGCUAUUUUAUGUGAAACAAUCACAAAAGAACUACGGCACAACAAGCUUUAUUUACAGUACCACGUAAACCCCUUUCGAAAAAUACAUACAUUAACAGGGAAACCAAAUUCAACACAUGAUUCAGAGGAUGGCGAAGAAGAUACUCACUUUCUUAAAGUAAUAAAAAGGGCCCAUGAAGAACCAGUCAGAAAGUAUGCUAAUCCUCAAACAGAGGCUCAGGAAAUAGGCUGGAUCACAAGACCACUGAUUGAUCAGGAUAGAGGUGACAGACGGUUAGACUUCAGAAGGCAAAACACUCAGAUAACAAAGUACAUGGAUGAAGCCUGGAGAUUAAAAGAACAGACAGAAAACCUCAACUAAGAGCAAAUGUGCAUUAAUUCCAAGUGUAAAUCUGUGAUAAAUAGGGAGUCAUCUAGUGGUUACUGUUAAACAGCUUUGUUAUGAAAGUCAUUACAGUUCUAGACAACUUCUAUAUCAAGUCUCUAUACAAAACAGACUACAUUUUGAUACAUUAUCAUUGAUGGUCUUUAAUUGAUUAAGCAGAAUUCUUUGUUUGCCUGUAAGAUGGCAAUUUAGCAUCUUGUCCCAGUGAAGAUUUUAGACCACUUGUAUGGCUACAGUAUCGCAAUAUGCACAUCCAUGGGCCUGCAUUUGUAUAUAUAAAUCUGACUCAUUUGUUUUAUUAAAUGUCUUUUAUACAUACUAAUAUCAUUGUA